AUGCAAUGUGAGCAGCAGCAGCAGCAGCAGCAGCAACAGCAACUGCAGCAGCAGCAACUGCAGCAGAACCAACUACAGCAGCAGCAGCAGCAGCAGCAGCAGCAACUGCAGCAGCAGCAGCAAAGGAAGAAUUGGGAUCCGCGUAUAAAGCUGCAGAAGGAAGAAGAAAAGAAAAAAAAAGAAGAAGAGAAAGCAGCACAACUCAGAGCCAAAGAAGAAGAGAGAAAGGCAGCAGAAGAAAAAAAGCGUCAGGAGGAAGAGGAGGCGCGCCGCAAAGAAGAAGCAGCAGAAAGGCUGCUGAAGCAGCAGCAGCAAGAGCGGGCGACACUAAAGAAAGGAAUGAGUGAGGGGGAGAAAGAAGAGGAGCUGCUGAGCCCGCUGCAGCUGCAGGAGCUGAGCGCAGCACUGGCGUUAGAUGAAUUGAAACAAAUCCUAGGCAAAGCACACCAAGAACUCCAUCUACACGGGCCCACUGAGGACGAGGCUGGUGACCCCCCGGCGCUGCCUGAGAAGAUGGAAGCAACAAAAGAGCAGCGAAAUGUUGUUUUAUGUUUAUACGCAAAAAGAUGGGAGGAAAUAAAAAAAGAAAAAAUGCAAAAAGAAAAAGCUGCUGAGCAACAAGUGCAGCGGAUGCAGGAGGAGAAAAAGCGGCAAGAAAUGGAGAAAAAGAAAGCAAGUUCAGCUGAGGAGAAAAAGCGGCAAGAAAUGGAGAAAAAGAAAGCAAGUUCAGCUGUAUGGACACCUGAAGAACUCUCGCUGCUCAGCAAAGCUCUGCAGAAGUUCCCGGGCGGCACCACACGCCGCUGGCAGCAGGUGGCGAGCUUUAUUGGCUCGAAGACGCAGGAAGAGGUGGUGCAGAAAGCAAAGGAAAUGUCCGUCAACCCCAACCUGAAAACAAUGGGGACGAAAAUCUCGCAAGCGAUGCAGCAGAACAAGCACGAGGAGGCUGCAGCAGCAACAGCAGCAGCAGCAGCAACUGCUGCUGCUGCUGCAGGUAAAGAAGAGGCAUCAUCAGGCGCCGUCUGGACCCCGGAGCAGCAGACUGCCCUCGAGGCUGCUCUGGCGAAAUACCCUUCUUCUAUGCCCCCGCUGGAGCGGUGGUCAGCCAUAGCCGAAGACGUGCCGGGGAAAACCAGAAAAGAAUGCGUAGAAAGAUUCAAACAAGCCCUCGAGGCUGCUCUGGCGAAAUACCCUUCUUCUAUGCCUCCGCUGGAGCGGUGGUCAGCCAUAGCCGAAGACGUGCCAGGGAAAACCAGAAAAGAAUGCGUAGAAAGAUUCAAACAAGUGAGAUCAACAAAACACCAGCUGCAGCAGCAGCAGCAGCAGCAGCAGCAGCAGCGGCAGCAGCAGCAGCAGCUGCUGCUGCUGCUGCUCCGGCUUUAUGUCUCAGAUUCGCGCCGCCAUUAUGGCGAGCCAAGGAGCAUAAAGAGAGAAGAAAUAUAA